AUGCGACAAACGGUAAUUCUAGCCACUAAACUAUCACGGAUGUUUUCUGUUCAGACUAAUUUUGUAUAG